CCCAUCACACUUCCCCAUCACAAAUAUGCUGCAGAAAUCAGUAUCUUCUGACACACUCAGCAUCACCAGCAGCAGCACCACCAGAGUGUGUGUUGUGCACAGGCAGAGCUCCAGUGGUUAGAGUGUGACGAUAGCCUGUUUGAUCACAGGAGUUUCACACUAAUUCCCGUGCAGCUCAAACCAGCUCGGUUCAGCCUGUUCAAACCAACAGCCUUGAUCUUGACCAGCCCACCUGUCGCCAUGAAUAUCUUCACUUCCCUCACUUCCGCCUCCUCGUGCCCCCAGAUAUAUCACCUGCCCAGUCACCCCAGCAACACCACCAUAUCCGACGGCACCACUGCAAGCAGUGGAAUCGACCAUGUGAUCCUGCGGCAUUACAACCACACCGGCCGCCUGCAGAACAGGACCAUCUCAAACACCCAGAACCACAUCAGUCUCUCCUCAGCCAUCUUCCUCUUCCUCAGUAUUUUCAUCAUCCUGGAGAAUUUCCUGGUGCUGGUGGCCGUCAUCUCCCGUAUCCGCCACAGCCGACGCUGGGUUUAUGUCUGCAUUGCCAACAUCACGCUCAGUGACCUCCUCACUGGUGCUGCCUAUGUGGUCAACAUCUCUUUGUCUGGCAGCCGCACGUUUCAUCUCUCUACUGCUUUGUGGCUCUUUAGGGAAGGGAUGCUGUUUGUGGCACUUUCAGCAUCCAUAUUCAGUCUUUUGCUGAUUGCCAUGGAGCGUUAUAUCACUAUGAUAAAGCCACUGCCCCAGAAGUCAGCCAAGAAGAGUUACUAUAGGAUCUUCAGCUUGGUGGCACUCUGCUGGAUUUUGGCCCUGGUGAUUGGCUUCCUCCCCUUGCUGGGCUGGAACUGUGUUUGCAGCCUGAAGGGAUGCUCAACCCUCCUCCCUCUCUACUCCAAGACCUACAUCUUUUUCUCUCUUGUCAUCUUCUUCAUCAUUCUCCUCGCUAUUGGAGUGUUAUAUGGUGCCAUCUACUGCCACGUACACAAGAGUACACAAGUGGGACCCCAGCGUAGUCGCAAGCGCUCCUUGGCACUGCUUAAGACUGUGAUGGUUAUCGUUGGGGUCUUUAUGCUCUGCUGGGGGCCACUGUUCCUGCUGUUAUUGGUGGAUUUCUUCUGUGUUUCCCGCCAGUGUGCACUGCUGUUCAGCGCUGACUUUUGCAUCUCUCUGGCUGUCCUGAACUCCGGCUUAAACCCCAUCAUAUAUGCCCUGGGCAGCAGUGACAUGAGGAAGGCUAUUGCCCAGCUGCUGUGCUGCUGCUGCCUGAAGUCUGGCUUCUGUCACCCAGACACAUUCACAUCCAAGGAGACCAGCAGCACAUCAGACAGGAGGGACAGUCUGAGGAACAGUUUUAACAAGAUCAGGAAUCUCAGUGUGGCCUCCCCACCUUCAACUCCUAGCAAGCCUCGCAGGGCGCAGAGAAAAUACAGGCUGAGCUCCACCACCAGCUGCCUGUCAGUUUCAAGUGGUUAAACCACAACGUGGUCCCCUCCCAAGCAAACAAGACCUGUGUGCACUGAUACACAUCUAACCGUUUCCUCUGAGUUUUGGUUUGAAUGUUCAAUGCUUUGCCUGCAGGUACUUGCACUGAUAAUUACACACUGUCAUAAAACCUGCUAAAAAUAUUAUCCUGAAUUUAUCCUGAAGUUUGCAAUAAUAUCACAGAUUAGAGCAGUAGUUAUUUGUACUUUACCGAGCAUUAUUUUUCUCAAUACACACUGUGUCGAUCUGUUGUUGCACUGCACUUGUUGCAAUUACCCAGGCAAAAAAACAUGUACACGCGUGUAUAUUAAGCCUUCUUAUUCACAAGAAGUAUUAACAGUUAACAUGGUAUUGUAUAAUGUGAAGAAUUGAAAAAUAUGUAUGUGGAUUUUAUAUUGAUCUGUAACAUGGUGUGAAACCUCAUGUUUUACUGUAUAAAACUAAAAUACUGAAAAUACUGAUGAAAAGUAUAAAUAAAGUUUCUUUUUUGUUUUGUA